CACUUGGCUCUUUCAUCAGAUUUGCUUUUCUGUACAGGAGGUGGGGAGACCCGAGGAAACCUUAAAACAUGAAGGUCCUCUUUCUGUUCGCUGUUCUCUUCUGUUUGGUCCAAAUGGACUCAGGGGACAUUCCACCUGGAAUUCGAAAUGUUAUCUGCCUUAUGCAACAUGGAACCUGCAGACUUUUUUUCUGCCGUUCUGGUGAGAAAAAAGCUGAAAUCUGCUCCGAUCCCUGGAAUAGGUGUUGCAUACCACAUACAGAGGAAGAAAGAAAAUAUAAACCAGAGAUGGAUGGAGAAUCUAGCACCUAAA